GGCGAGUGGAACUACAGGGAUGGCUCCGAGAAGGUGAGCAUGCGCGGCGUGUCCAACCUGACUGAGGUUCUGGACAACUGGAGGUUCGACAUCCUGAACCAGAUGAAAGGACUUCUGCAGAACGACCACCAGUCUCUCCUGCCCGACUACGCCAGAAUCCAGCCGCUGUCUGAGGCCUUAGACGACCUCUACAAGGAGUUCAACGCCCUCAAAUCCCGCCUGGGCGAUCUGACCGAGAAGUUCACCGCCAUAGAAACUUUCAUUGACGAGGUCAAGGCCAGCCGCGCCAACAAUGCCAACAACGCCAACACUGGCCCGGCCCCCGAUCCGGCAUCUGGUCCCGCUCCGGGCCCCGGCCCCAAACAGAAUGGGAGGAGGCUGAUAAGGAAAAAACCCCCCACUCACUCCUAAUCAACCAAUGGUGUGCUUCCUCCAUCCUGAUGUUUGCUUCUUCUCACGGCUGUCUUACAUUUCUAAUCUUUCUUUAAUUCCAUAAUUAUCAUGUUCCAUGCAAUGAAAUUCUUUUACCAAGCACAAAAAUAAAAAAAGAAUUAAAAUAUCGGCCCGUUCUCAUUCCCAGGGCGUCAAAUAGCGGCACUUUGUCAGGUCCUUUGGCGUCCGACACCAACGCACAUGGCACCCGUUAGCGUCAUUAUCCAACGCUAAAAGUAGGCCUAUUAUAAGUAACAGAAAAGUCCAAGUGAGGAGGUGGUCUAGGUCGUCAGGUGGGUCAGAAACCGGACUUUCACCGAGGAGGCCAGUAUUUGUUUUCUGUGUAAAACAAAAAGUCAACAUUGACUCUUUUUAGCGAUUUUACAUAACUUACAUAAGCAAAGCCACGUGAGUAAAACCACGUGAGUAAAACCACGUGAGUAACGUAUUUUGACCCAAACCACAAUGUUUUCCUAAACCUAACCAAGUAGUUUUGUUGCCUAAAACUAACCAAAUCGCUACGUUUCACAAUGUUAACCACUAGUUUUAAUUUGAAAGUCUAACCGGACACAUAUUUUUUUUAUUAAAGCUUACCCAGGGCGUAAAAAAACGAUGCCAAUGGGUCUUGACUAAGCAUCCAUAUGUGAUGCCCUGUGAUGAGAACGGGUUGAACAUAUACAAUACAGUAUAAGAUAAAACGUCUAAAAUAUACUGUAAAUAAAAGAUGACACUCAUACAUAGCGGGGACCCUAAAUAAAAACACACAUCAUAUAAAAAGAUGUCAGAGCUGCACUCAGUGUGUUGCCAGGAUCCAGCACUCCAAAUAAAUGUUGUUUUCCUGUGACGGUUUUCUAAUCAGUGUAAUUGGUGUACAGACACUGGUAACAUAGACACUUGUUUUAGAAAUCCACACACCUGCUGUGUCUGAAAUCACUCACUUGAUUUACUCACUCGUCACACUCGACACUGAAUAGUAAAGUAAGCAGUAAACUGAGAUUUCAGAAGCAUAUUUUGCUGAAAGGUGAAUUUUUCUCUCUCUGUAAAAUACGUUGUGGGAUUGUAUCCAUCCCAUCUGACACUACUUUUUUCAUUCCAUUAAACUGCACACUCAGGUGUGUAGUGGUUUCAAACACAGCCACGGUUUCCUCAUAAAGGAUGAUUUUUUCUACAGUGUGGCCCCCCCAGUAACAUUGUAUCUUGACAAACAUUUCAAAUCAUUUUGUUUGAAAGAUUUCCUCGUUCCUUGUUGUUGUUGUUGUUGUUGUUGUUGUUGUUGUUGUUUUAGCUCCUGGCGAGUUCAGCUACACAUGCUGAGUGAUAUCUUACAGCACGGCUGAGCUGGUGAGAAAACACUUGUUCUGUUUCUUCUGAAUGCUUGUUGGACAAACGUGCUUGUUGGUUUGGAUUUCCUGCUGCAUCAUAUGAGCUCAAAAUAAACUCACUCAUUGCA